AUGGCUUAUAGGAUGGAUAGCUUGGCUAACCAGGUAAAGACUCUGACCUCUAAAGAAGAUGAGAUAUGCGAGGAUGAUAAAUUGAAGCAAACUUCAAAGAAAAAAGUGUACAAUGGUAGCAAUAAGAACAAUACUGUUGCUAUGGAAAAAGGACAUCUUGGGUUUGUUAAGGUUAACAUGGAUGGAUUGUCAAUAAGGAGGAAAGUGGAUCUAAAUGCUUCUUCUGUAUAUGAGACUUUAGCCCAAGCACGGAAGGACAUGUUCACUAAUCCAACCAUAGGCAUCACUUCCAUUUGUUCGAGUGGAGAGAGUGAGCAAUCAAGAAAGGUCACCAGGUUUUUAAAUGGAUCAUCCGAAUUUUUGCUCACUUAUGAAGAUAAGGAAGGGGACUUGAUGCUCGUACAAGAUGUUCCUUGGGAGAUGUUUCUCAACACAGUGAAGAGGCUUAGAAUCAUGAAGACAUCGGAAGCUAAUGGAGUUGGUACCUAA